CGGACGGGUGAGAUGAGGGCACGAGUAAUUCUUUUUCUCCUCCUGACGCAUCCCCAAACACAGCACUGCUGAAUGAUGUAUUUAGGCGGAGUAAAUGGUGAUGUUCAAGGUGUGCAGUGUUAUAGUUUCACUGUCUUAUAUUGUUUCCUCCCUGUCAGUGUUGUCCACGCUGAGGGCUCGGGAAGAACGGUAGCGUAAGCUGCAAUUUAAUUCCCUGUAGCUGGAGAUUCGCUGUGACAGAAAUGCCUGUCGUCCUGGCAGUCUCUCACAUCUGCUGGAGGCAGAAGAGUAUGUGAAACAAUAAUUCUGCCAGCAGAUGUGGUUCUGUAGGGACAGUAGUGUCUGUGGUACGAAAAUUCUCUCCAAAAUUACAGAUCUGUGGGGACAGUAAGCGUCUGUGUCAGUGACAACUUUGCAGCAUCUGCUGGGACAGUAAUGUCUGUGAUACGUGAAUGCAUCUCUGCAUCUGCUGGGUCAGUCAGAGAGAGAUGUAUUGUACGUAUCCAGUUUUAGCUGUGAAAAUCUCCCUCGCUUUCCUGUAAUUUGGGGGAUUUGUUUAAUUUCUCUUCUCCCAGAGUUAAUAAGAACUGUCUUAUAUAAGAAGAGCUAAAGGUAUUCGCGGGUCUUUUGCACGUAGGGCAGACAUUGCCAAUUUCAGCUGCCAAGAAAUACUGCUACAUUUUCUCCUACCAUAAUAUUAAUCAUUAAUGGCUUUGUUCUCAAUGAACAGCCUGAGUAUCUUCAAUGAUGCUCUUGUGAGUGCUAAAGCUUUGUGGCUGCAGUGAGAGCAUCACAUGAGAAAUGUGUUUGUUCAGAGCAGACACGCACCACAAAUACAGUGUUCUGACCCAGACGAGAUUUCAAACAAGUACAGGUGUGCGCAGAUAAAGAUUUUCGAUUUGGCCCCACCUCUAGGUUAGGCACUGGAUGCAGGUUAGGAAGGAUUGCACUGGAUACAGGCAAUUUUCCAGCAGCAGCCACUCCAUUCAGAUGUCAGGGUAUUUUGCUACAACAAAGGCUGAUGUUGACAUUUUUUCUUGGAUAGAGACAGAUGCAAGAGCUUCUGCCUCAAGGUUAUCCAUUAUACAGUAUAUUAACUAGAUGUUUUAACAUUGUGCUCCCUGCAGAGACAGAAAUGAAUGAUGAUUAAUACUUAUCAAUUAAAAUCUAAUCUUUUUCCCAUGUGUAUUUAUAUGCUGAACUUCAACCUACAAGGCAAUUCUGUGACAGGAAUUAGAUAUUCUUUUAUUGGAGAGCACCGGGAUUAAGAUCAGGGAUACAUUAUUCACUCAUUUAUUAUGAGUACUGCAUUUGUGCCUAGGUUUUGCCUCGGAAUUGUAUAUAAACAUAGACUCUGUACAAAGGAGUUUACAAACAAUUGGCAUUAAAGAGAAAAUGUAUUUUUUUUCUUCUUGUAGCAGCAGUGAGUAGGGGGAAGGGAUGGAGCAGAGAAGAAGCAAAGGUUGUACAUGUUUUAUGACUAUAAUUAACUAUUUCAGAGAUUAAAAUUAAAUUAAAAUUUAAUAAUAAUAUACUAUUUCAGAGAUUAAAACUGAUGAGAAAAGACUCAAGGUGAUGAGCUGCCCCACAGAUCUAUGAUCCAGCUCAGUCCAAGCAUACGGAUAUAAAUUUUGUGGAUUUUUUUAAAAUCUAUCCACUGUUGAAGAGCCACUGCCUACAAGUGUAAUAGGUGCUUUGCAGACUCGAGUCACCAGUGCAUCACAAACUGAAUACUGGCCCAAGGGCCAUGGUAACAAAGAGCUCCCACCCCGCAGCCGCGCAUGGCAGAGCACUCCACUGAGAGCGCUGCUCACAGGAACCGCCUGGAAGGCUGGACUCGAAACACAUAAUACGAGAGCAAAGGAAAGGCAGAAGGGAUUUUCUUUUUCGAGCUCUGGCUGGCACGGUUGUUAAACACCAUUUAAUUCAGAUAUAUGGUGUGCUAACCCUUGUUCAUAAAUGCGAGGCAGAAUGGAGCAAUAAAUGGAGGCCACACACAAUCCAGGUAGAGAUUUUAAAGUGGGCAGGUGAUCUGGCUGGUUAGUUCUGAUUUAUUAUAGAGGCAUCUUUAUGCUUUUUGAAUUGCCUUCCAUCGGUCACGUUAAACAAAACUGUAUGCUUAUAAAGGAGUCCAUCCCCUACACACAUGCACACACUAAUGACUCAUGUUAAACUAAUAGCAAAUGCAUAUGAAGUACAGUGUGUGAUGACUAUUACAAUAUUUUUUUUGUUUUGUUUUAAUGUACUGGAAACAAGCAUUUUAGUUUAAUGAAGCUAUUAGCAACUGGCAUAAAUUUACAGUACUGUGUUAACAUUUUCAGAGACUGAUUGUGAUCGUUAAAGCUCUGAAACUUCUUCUGGUUUGUGGCAAACAUGCUUUUCACAAGUUGUCCCAGAAAAGCUGUGUUUUUAAAGAACUAUUUUGUACAUGAAUGCUGUUACAGGGAGAGGUGUAGAAUUACAAGGAUGAAAGUGCACACGGGGAAAAAUCAUCAGCAUCAGCUCCCUGUUUGUAUUUUUUGAUGUGACAUUCCUUAUCACAAGGGAAAGAGGCCCUUCUGCAGCCUCCAUACCCUUGAGCCGCCUUCCAUCUCAGAACGGUAUCACAAAACCACUCCAUCUCCCUUUUAUUUCUUGUUGUUUAUUAACACAACCAUACUGUUUUGAGAGCUCAAGUCCAUCCCUUAGUAUAAAGCAUCCAAAGUGACUGGAACAACUGGUGGAAAAAUAAUAAACACUUUCAGCUGCAGCCGUUGAGAUUCUGGAUGAGUUGUUUACAAACAUCUUGUCUAGAACUGUCAAGAGGUGGAGUUAAUAUCAUUGAAAGAUGAUAAAUUCUGACACUGUGCUCUGAGAUUUCACUGCCACUGAAUGUAGGUUAAUAUGGGAUUCAAUAGGAAAUCUAGUUUGUAUAUUGGUACAUAUUACAGGAAAUGAAGGAACUUGUCAUUUGUCUGCAGAUUGCUAAUUGCAGUUAAUUGCACAGGGAAAAGGUUAAUUUGGGUAUGUUAUCACAGUAAUCACACGCACUGUCUCAGAAUAAACUACACUCCUAACCUUACUGAUGAUCUGGCCUGCGGAAUUUGGGACAUUGUUUUGUAAGAUUAUGGCAAACAAGAAUUUUACAGUAAAUGCUGCUAACAGUUGGCAGCAGUGUCCUAAGAGUAAGCAAAUGGGAUAGAGUGGACUUCUAAGUCUCCGGUAUGAAAAACUUUUUCCUUGACCCCUAAUUUAGUUCUUCCCUGAGAUGCAUGUAAUUUAUUCUUUGUGAUGACACACUGAAAACAGAGAUCCCGUCUAUUCUAAAUGAAAAUUAUAUCCUAUUCUUAGUAUUGCUAAUGCUUUGUAUUUAGCAUUAAAAGGCCUCAGAUUAAUUCAUGACCUCUUUGUACUAGGUGCUGUAUAUACACACGGUAAGCUCGCUGCCCCAAAGACCUUACAUUUUAAUUAAAAAAAAAGGUUGGAGGAAGGUAUUUUUAUUACCUCUGUCACAAAUGGGAAAUGAUAGCAGAGAGAAACUAAAAGGACUGAGAAUUACACUCCUCCUGCAAUGAGUCCUGUAUUUGCCUGUAAUAUAACCUCCCUUCCUGCUUUUGCUAAGUUGCUGCAAAUUGGUAGGUAGAUGGUUGGUCUCUCCUCCAGAGAUGGAGUUUACUAUAAUUCUGCAUAUGUUUCAAGGUUUUACGGAAUGAAAGGUGUUAUGUAGAUAGAUAACACUUUAAUUUAGAUCUGAUGAAGUUACUCUGACAAACUACUUCCGUGCAGUGAAUAGACUCACAUGAAUCUUGUGUGCAUCGCUUGUUGCCAUAUGAGCAGGCUGUUCCACAGACUCUGUGUUCCCGGGGGGGGCUGCGCUGUUGGUGCAUGCGUGUUUUAAGGUACAUCAGUAUAAUUUUUUUAUUGUUAUUAUUCCCUGUAGUUUGCUCUUACAUGUUUUCUAAAACAGCAAAGCAAUAGCCUUCAAGAUGUUGGACUGUUCUACAGGAUUCAUGGGAAGCUUGAAACACUAGUGCACGCUUAGUCUCUGAGAACUGCUCUGCUCCCUCUGCACCUAGAAAGUAUCCGGCCUAUUCUGAAAUGCAAUUUAAAUAUUUUUAAUUAGAGUUUCUAGCUUAACAUUUUAAAAAAAAAAAGCUAGAUCUGCAUGGAAUCUUGCUUUGAGAAAAAUUUUCCUAUAGAGGAACAUAAACCUGAAGAUGUUUUGUUUUCCUUUUUCUCCUUAGUCAGUCCAUGGAUGUUCAGUACAGUACAGUGAUCUUCGCCAGAAACAGUCAGAGUUAAAGCAGAUGGGGUGGGAAAGGGGAGGAGAGGAAGAAAAGAGGAGAUAACGUCAGUCAGAAGAAUAAAUAAAACAACAAACAGACAUGGAGAGGAACGGGAGCGGCGGCGGCGGCGGCGGAGGGGGAGAAACCCUGGAUGACCAAAGAGCCCUUCAGAUCGCCCUGGAUCAGCUCUCCCUGCUGGGGCUGGACAACGACGAGACGGGCUCCAUUUACGACAGCGAGCCUCGGAAAAAGAGCGUGAACAUGACGGAAUGCGUCCCGGUGCCCAGCUCGGAGCAUGUCGCUGAGAUAGUGGGGAGACAAGGUUGUAAAAUCAAAGCUCUGCGGGCAAAGACCAACACCUACAUCAAGACCCCGGUUCGCGGGGAGGAGCCGCUCUUUGUUGUGACGGGCAGAAAGGAAGAUGUGGCCAUGGCCCGCAGGGAGAUCAUCUCGGCAGCCGAGCAUUUCUCCAUGAUCCGAGCCUCGCGGAACAAGAACACGGCGCUGAACGGCACCGUUCCGGGACCCCCGAACCUGCCGGGCCAAACCACCAUCCAGGUGCGGGUGCCUUAUCGCGUGGUGGGCUUGGUCGUGGGACCCAAGGGAGCCACCAUCAAGCGCAUCCAGCAGCAGACGCACACCUACAUCGUCACCCCGAGCCGGGACAAGGAGCCGGUCUUCGAGGUGACGGGUAUGCCCGAGAACGUGGAUCGGGCUCGGGAGGAGAUCGAGGCGCACAUCGCCAUGCGCACGGGCGGCAUCAUCGAGCUGACGGACGAGAACGACUUCCACGCCAACGGCACGGAUGUGGGCUUCGAGCUGAACGGCACGGGCAGCCUGUGGAGCAAGCCCACGCCGCCCAGCAUCACCCCCACCCCGGGGCGCAAACCCUUCUGCAACUACCGCAACGACAGCUCCAGCUCGCUGGGCAGCGCCUCCACCGACUCCUACUUCGGGGGCGGCACGGGGGGCGCCCGCCUGGCCGACUACAGCCCCCCGAGCCCCGCGCUCAGCUUCACCCACAACGGCAACAACAACAACAACAGCGCCAACGGCUACGUGUACGGCGGGGGGGGCGGCGGCGGCGGCGGCGACGUCCUCUCCUCCCCGGACUGCUGCUCCGAGCUGCCCUUCGACUCGCCGCCCGGCUUCGACCUGGCCCCCGCCCCUCCUCCUCCUCCUCCGCCUCCUCCUCCUCCUCCGCCGCCGCCGCCCGCCCUCCUCUGGCCGCAGUUCGAGCGCGGAGCUCCCCCCUCGCCCGCCUUCCCGGGCGCGGCGCCCGCCAAUGCCAACCUGGCGCUGCUGGUGAGCGGCCCCCGGCGCGGCGCCCCGCCCCCCGCGCGCCUCUCCCCGCCCCUGCCCGGCAGCGCCGCGGCGCCCGAGCACCCGCUGGCGCGGAGGGUGCGCAGCGACCCGGGCGGGCGCCUGCUGCCGGCCUCGGCCUUCCCGCUCUACGCCAACCUGCCGGGGCUGCCCUGCGACUCCUCCGCUUCGUCGUCUUCAUCCUCUAGUUCGUCCUCCAGCUCGUCUUGCUCCUCGUCCGGCGUGCGGAGGAAGGGCAGCCGCGACUGCUCGGUGUGUUUCGAGAGCGAAGUGAUCGCGGCGCUGGUGCCGUGCGGCCACAACCUCUUCUGCAUGGAGUGCGCCAACCGCAUCUGCGAGAAGACGGAGCCGCAGUGCCCCGUGUGCCACAGCGCCGUCACCCAGGCCAUCCGCAUCUUCUCCUGAGCGCCCUGCCUGACCCAGUUUUUACACUGUACUUUAAUUCCUUUAAUACCAAGCUUCCAAAUCUUCCCACCCACCCCACCCCUUUUUUUUUUUUUAU